AUGCUCAGUGAGCAUUUCGCAGCUUCCGUGUCGGCCGCGGCAAUUGCGCCCAAGGCCGCAGCAAACAGCGUCAAGGAUGUAGGCAUUUCCGUCUUCGAGAGCCAACCGCAUUCGGGCCAAAGAGCGUCCUUCAAAAAGUCAAACACUCCUCCCAACUGUCUGGCUGUCAGCCCCUCGCACAUCUUCGCCGCUCAGGCCGACAAGGCUGUCGUCAACGUCUACAACCGCGAAAAGGGAAACCAGGAGGCAACCGUGCCCUUCCAAGAGAGGAUAACAUGUCUGGCCCUGGCCUGUGACGAUACCGUGCUGGUCCUGGGCUCGCAAGCCGGUCGCAUCUUCAUCUGGGAAACACACACUGGUCGCGUCGUCAUCACAUCGCAGGCCCAUCUUCAACACGUCACUGCCUUGGUCGUCGACCCCACCUCCAACUUCGUCCUGUCUGCCUCGGCCGAUGCCUCGAUUCACGUCUGGUCGCUUCCUUCGUUGCUCUCUUUCUCCAAUGCUGCUGCACAAGGUCAGCACUCUCCGCUACACACCCUUUCAGGCCAUCGUGCUGCUAUCACAUCCUUGGUCGUUGGGCACAGCGCUGGCUUCUGCAACAUCGCCAUCUCGGCCAGUGCCGAUCGCUCAUGCAUCGUCUGGGACUACCACGAGAACCAGCUGUUGCGCACUGUAUUGCUACCUGAAGUCCCUCGAUGCCUGGCUCUCGACCCCGCCGACCGCGCCUUCUACACCACCUACGAUGAUGGGAGCGUUCAGAUGGUCGACUUCUACAGCGAAGCCUUCUCCGCUGCAAACCCCGACUCGGUACAGCACCCGCUACACGAUCCCGCACAAGCUGCUAUGCCCGUUCAGCCUCCUCCGCAAACUCGCUGGACCCCGCCUUCGGCAGAUCAAGGUGCUGCCUUGAGCGCUAUCCUCAGCUACGACGGAAGUAUGCUCAUGACUGGCCAUGCCAGCGGAAACGUGCUCAUAUGGGACGUCCCUCUUGGCCGCUAUUCUUCCACCUUCACAUCAGCGCCCAUGAUGGGCCCUGUCACAAACCUUGUCUCCUUACCUGUUCAAGGCUUCCCCGACUCUCGUCCUGCUCUUUUCAGCCAAGUCACCAUCGUCAAGCCCAAACACGCUGCCUUCGACAAGUCUGAUCUCGACGGUGCUGUUCCGGGAAACUACAAUCUGAGCUUGCACUUCUCUCGCCAACUUCCUAUGCCUCACAUCUCCGCCUCAAGGAAGCAACCCGUCGUCACAGAGUCCGACUUCCUCACCGCUCUCACACAUCCCGUAUUCCCCGAGUCAUUACUUGCCGAAUCUCUCGCCGAGCUUGCUAGCUGGAAUGGGUCGGCCAAACCGCAACCUGUGGUGUCUGCACCUUCUAACCUUGCAGCUCUGAAGCGUGUUCAAAGGGCUAGCCUGGUACAGAUGGAGGCUUUACGCAAGGAAAAAGUUGAGCUUCUGGCCAAGAUCAGGCACGAUAUUGAUGACGAAGUGGAAGAUGAAAUUCGCGAGGAUGAGAAGAGCGAGAGAGCAUGGGGAAGACUUGCCUCGACGGGAGAGUACGUCGAGAGCGAUGAUGAGUCGGAGUAG